AUGCGAUUAUGUAUAGACUACCAGGAACUGAACCAGGUCACUGUGAAGAAUAGAUAUCCUUUACCGCGGAUUGAUGUUUUUUUUGAUCAAUUGAAGGGAGCGGGAGUCUUCUCCAAGAUAGACUUACGGUCUGGGUACCAUCAGUUGAGAGUGGCGGACAAGGACAUACAGAAGACAGCUUUCAGUACGAGAUACGGACACUAUGAGUUCCCUAUAAUGCCAUUUGGAUUGACCAAUGCGCUAGCAAUCUUCAUGGACUUGAUGAAUAGAGUAUUCCGACCGUAUUUGGAUGAGUUUGUGGUAGUCUUCAUCGAUGACAUCUUGAUUUACUCAAAAGGGAUGGACGACCAUGAGAGGCAUUUGAGGAUUGUACUACAGUUAUUGCGGGACCAUCAGUUGUACGCUAAGUUGUCAAAGUGUGAGUUUUGGAGGGACACCGUAGCUUUCUUGGGACAUAUUGUCACCAAAGCUGGGGUAACAGUAGAUCCAUCCAAGAUUAAGGUGGUCACGGAGUAG